CGAAGGUGUACAAGGGCGCGCCGCACCCUAUCAUGGCCAUGGAUGGUCGCUUGCCAAUCGGGGCGCAGAUGGUUACAGACGCUUCGGAAGCCCUUACGAAAGCUUUCAAGUAAUCUAUCAACCUUGUAAGUAACAAAUCGUCCCGUUCUAUCCCCGACACCAGUCUACCUCCGGCACUCCAUCCACUUUCCGACAUGCGUUUCCAACUCCUUCUCGCUGUUCUGCCCAUCGUCAUCUCUGGCGCGCUCGCCGGCACUGACAUGGAGGCCGACACCAACGCCAUUCCCGCCCCGCCCGGCGCCGGCGACGGUGACCACCACAAAGUCAAGGCGAUUGCUGGUACCGACUCUACGCCCUCCGUGAAAUUCGACCGUGAUCUGCACACCGAGGACGAGACCAAUGCUGUGCCUUCGCCUGAUACUUCUGACGCUCAGGGCCACACGGUCCACGGCAAGCUCGACAGCGAUUUGUUCCCCAAGGCGCCUGCUACCCCUCGCAAACUUCACAUGGAGCAAGAGAACGACUCCAUGCCGAAGCAGCCCGGCGCCUCGGAUGCCCAAGGACAGAAGGCUGAAGGCGGUAUCGACAACGAUUCUGUCCCCGAUACGCCUCUGACGUCUCGCCGACUCCACGAGGAGGGGAAGACCGACGCUGUACCCUCCACGCCUAACGCGGGUGACGCUCAGGGUCACAGUGUCAAGACCAACACCGACAGCGACACUGUUCCCCAGCUGCCUAACGCCCCUCGCGCCGUCCACUCCGAGGGCAAGACCGACGCCGUGCCCUCUACGCCUAACUCCUCGGACGCUCAAGGCCACAGCGUCGGUGCUGCCGCCGACAGCGACUCUGUCCCGCAGGCGCCCAAGUCGUCUCGCGACGUUCACGGCAACACCAAUGCCAUUCCCUCCACGCCCAACUCCUCGGACGCGCAGGGUCACAGCGCCCACAUGGCUGUCGACAACUCUGAGCCCAGCUCCGUGCCCAGCUCUGCGCCGAACACUCCCCCCGGGCGUCGCGGCGACAAGGGCUUCGUCGAGGAUCGCCGCAUCGUGACGAACGGUGCCGCGAGCAACCCGCACGCCCGCCAGGUUCAUAACGCCGACUACGAGGCUGCCCCUCCUCCCGCCCCGACUGCGUCGUCGCAGCCGAACGCGCGUCGCAUGCAGAAGAAGAGGGUCACUGCACACGACACCGACGGGAAGAAGAUGGGCGAGGGUAGCGGUGCAGUCACUUCCACGGAGCGCACAAUUCGUGUCGCUCGCGGCAUGGAGGUCACCAUCGCCAUGGGCGGUCCGGCAUCCGUGUCCACGGGCGUCUCUGCUCCUCCCUCGGCCGCUAAGCCGUCUGUUGAUGCCCAUGGCGUGUCUGUUACCUCAGUGCCCGACACGGCCGUGACGGCCGGCCUUGGUAUGCGCCCACCUGUGCCCAACAGCCUGACGCAGCGCGGUCUCCCGGCGCUUCCGACGCCGGCUGCCUCGUCUGGCUCUGCCUCGUCGUCCUCAACAUCGACGGCCUCGGCUUCGUCGACCUCUGGCGCGGCAGUACCGAGCCUUCCGGUCUCCCCGCCGGUUGGUGUCCCUCCUUCGGUCCGCGACCUUCCAGUCGCGCCUCCCGCACUGCCCGUUCCGUCCUCCAGCGCUUCAUCGUCAACGACGUCUUCGACUGCAUCGGCUUCGUCGACUGCGGGCGCCGCGGUGCCGACUCUGCCUGUCUCCCCGCCGGUUCAGCCGCCGCACGCGCCCCGCUCCGGCCCUGCGCAGUGGAUUGAGACGCACGAGCAGAAGAACUGAGCGUUUGCGAGGGCGGAAAGUAUAGUUAUAGGAGAUUGUUAUACCAUAUCGGAAGAGUGAAAGUGUCCAACAUGUGUACUAUAUACCCUAGAGAACUGAGGCGUUCUGAUCACCCAACCUGCAGUGUGUAUUCCGCAUCAGGAAAUCCUUUUGUGAGCCAGAUUCGGUCAGUCACGCGAU